UUAAAGGCAAUGUGAUGUAUCUUAACGAUGUUCAGACCACUUUUAGGGACCGUGUGAUAUUCGACUUAAGUUCUGCGAAUUCUGGGAAACCAAUCUUUCUUUACGAAGGCAGGCCAAGCACGUUGCGCAUGGACAAUACGAGUAAUUUUAUCUGCCCACAAGGAUACAAUUAUGACGAAUUGAAAUAUACGCUGGCAACAAAACGAACCAAGCCAGAUUACAUUCCAUCGUAUCAUGUAUUUGCAUUCUCAUGUAAGCCGUGUUCAGAUUUGUUCUACAGCACUUCGCGUGGUUCGUGGUUGGCGAACGGUACAGCAACGUGCGGAAAAUGUCGUGCUUGCCCGUACGGUGCCUCGUGUAACGGGACAAUCCGCGCAAGGGCAAAUUUCUGGGGAGUGACGCGAAGAGAUAAAAUCGAGAUGAUCCCGUGCCCGAAGGGUUAUUGCUGCGAUCGAGAACCAUGUGAAAGCUACGAUUCCUGUCGCGGGCACAGGACUGGAAGGUUGUGUGGAUAUUGUUCGGAGGGAUUCACGGAGGGAUUGAGUUCAGCACAAUGUUUUCCGAAUGAGAGAUGUAACGGUGCUUCGUGGAUGUGGCCAAUGUUCAACAUCAUAAAGAGAUUGGUAAAAUGGUCACUCUGGAAUGUCCAAGAUGAUGAACAUGAAGAUUUCGAAUCUGUCGAAUACAGAAAAGGGGAAUGGAACCAAAACCAAAUGGAUACUGAAUCACCUGACAGUUUUCAAUUAGACAACCUCGAAAAUUUAUCACACGAAAGUGCAGCCCAGCUAAACUACAAACGUCUCGAAGAAAGCACAGAUUACAACAACAGUGGCGGUUAUAUAAAAGUUUUCUUCUACUUCUACCAGACAGUUCUUCUUAUCCGUCUUUCUUCUUACGUCUCCAGCUCUUCCUUUCCAAAUUCAAUGCUCGAGUUUUUUACACCUUUGCUCAACUUUCAGUUUACCAACGUUUGGAAGUGCGCCAGCGAAGACUUAAGGCCGGUUAAAAAGGUUUUCGUGAAAAACAGCGUUGCCUUUUGGGUGAUGGGGCUUUCGUUGUUAACAUAUUGCUUCUACAGGUUUGUGAAGUGUCGCACAAAAGGCUACAGCAAUGAUGCGCUAAGCUUUGAUUCCAAGUCGCUCCCCGUACGACUGAUAGGUACGGUUAUGCAUGUACUACUUCUUUCCUAUGUUUCCCAAACACAAUUCGCUGUGCAACUCUUGAAUUGUGUCACUGUCGGUGAUAAAAGUGUUCUUUACAUUGAUGGUUCGGUUCAGUGCUACCAACCGUUGCAGGCUGCUGUAUGGCUGUACUUUCUGUUGUACAUCGUGUUUUUUUCGUUUUCGCUGCUGGUUGGUCAGUCGUUACUCAUCCACAGACUAAUUUCGUGGAAAGAGUUCAUGCUGUCUUGUUUCUUUCCUUUCUUCUUCCUUUGUUACUGGUUUUAUCGAUACCUGAAACAUCGCAGUGCUGAUAAAUUCUGGCGCAAAAUUCCGGAGACGGCGGAUAACCCCUUCAAAGAAAAUGUAAUAUACAUCUUAAGGUAUCCCUACAGAUCCCGCAAGUUUCCAAACGCCACGAUGGCCGAACAUUGCAGCGAAAAUUGGGAAGCCUUCUCGAUUUUCCGCCGUUUCGUGCUUGUCGUCACCUUUAUCUUUGUGAAAUCGUUUCUCCUACGUGCCUACUUGUUCUUUAUACUGUCUGUUGUCUUUCUGCUCGCCCACGUGUUCGUUCAGCCGUUCAAGAACGACAUGGUGAACAAGCUUGACACUAUAUCGUUGGCUGUGAUCGUGUUGAUUUCGGGUCUCAGCAUCUCAGAAGCGACGUACAACAACUCGGGACAACUUGUCCCGCACAGUAUCAAGGAGGUGCAAGAUCUCCAAGAUUGGUUUCUGGCAUUGAUACCGUUUGCGUUGCUCGUUAUCUUCUUAUUUCCCAGACUUAAGCAUCACUUUUUUCGUAGGGCAAUUCGUCCUAGAUAUCGUGCCGUGGUCUCAUCUGAUGACGAACCAUUGGUAAAUGCGCCCGUUAAUUCAAGGAACGCAACCGAGAGACAGGCCGAUGAAGUCUCGCGACUGACUGUUUGAUUGAAACUGUUACAAAAGAACAUUAAAACUGUAGACCAACAGUAAUACGCCAGUUUCACCGGAUUUUUCUGUCGCGUUGUCGCAGCUUUUGCUAUAUAGGGCUAUAGAGCCGUAAAACAGCUUUUGUUGUAUGCGCGACAGAGCGACAACUAUAUAGACCACAACAGUCAUUAGUUUUAUAAUUUCUUUAUAUUUGUAUUUUACAUAAUUAUAAGCUAAAAUUAAAAUCUACCUAGUAUUCUGUUUGAGAAAGUUAGCCGCACUAGUAUUACUAUUAUGGCCUAAAAAUAACUUCAAGUGCAACCUCUAACAUUAUUUACAGCUACGCGUCUAAUAGUUACCAUUGUCCAUUAUUGGCUUAGACUGUGCCAACCUAAUUCUUGCAGGCAAUAGAUAUAUAACAAUGGAAAAUCCGUAGAAAUGGGCUUUCGGCCCAAGCGCUUUACAUGUGUACAUACUACCAAUAUAUUUAUUGAAAAUUAUCUGUAAUUUUAACGUUGUAUGAAAUAUAUCAAACAAUCAGCGAUAUGCACCACAUUACCCCGCAUAUAAGAAUAAAGAAGAUAAAUAAGACGCAUGCGCCUUUCGAGCUACACAGAUGCCGUUUUAGCAUUU